CUCCGUUGACAUAAACGAAAGAAAAAAACAUAACUUGCACAAUGGGUUCGACAGAUAAAAGAGGGCGAAGGCUUUUCUUGGAUUUAAAUAAUGCUUUUAAACGUGACAAUCGCAUUGAUGAAUUUGAUUACAUCCCCGUAAUGGAACCCCAGACCAACUGCAGCCCUGUCGUGUUGGUGAACCACAAACUCGGCAUUGAGAUGUGGAGUCUGAAGAUUCUCCUCCAGUUUGCAUACCAUUCCCUGAUGGAGUGGAGAGCGACAUCCAAAAAGUUUAUAGAAAGUCAAGAGAUUAUCUGCUUAUCUAGAGCUGUUGUUCUUUUAAAUCCAGAAUGUUCUACAGCAUGGAAUAUCAGGAAAGAAUAUGUUGAAUCUGGGGAGCUGACCAUGGCUGAAGAUCUUAAACUAAGUGCUCUUGUACUCACUAAACAUCCGAAAAGUUCUGAAACAUUUUGUCACCGGCGCUGGUUGCUGAGUCGUUUCAUAGACAUCUACCUGCAGUCCAGUCAGGGAUCCAACCUUAGCACAGGCAGUGGACAGGAAGGCUUCGUCUCCAUGGACGCCAUAGAUCUGAACAUGGACCUGCCUCAGGUGAACCCUCCGCCAGUACAGAAUGGAGUGCAUGUGGAUGGUCCCAUGGACUACCAGAAUCAGAUGAAGACAGAGAUCCAUGUGUGCACGUGUGCUGCGGAGAAGUACCCGUGCAAUUACUAUGCCUGGUCUCAGAGAAUAUGGCUCAUUCAACAUGCGUACAACUGCUCCUCUCAGGCUUUAGUCGGCGAAUUACAUCGCACAGAAGGUUGGGUGAGCGCCCACAUCUCUGACACCUGUGGCUACCACUAUCGGCAGUUCCUGUUGUCCAGCCUGUGCAGGCAGAGGGAGUCUCUGAGUCAACAACUGAGCCUGCAGUAUACAGACCUCCUAGAGAAAGAGCAGGGAUACAUAGUGGACCUGAUAGGGACAUUCCCCGGGCAUGAGGCCAUGUGGUGUCAUAGGCGGUUUGUGUUCAACAGUUUGUACCGUCACUACAGCCAGGACUUGUCCCCAGGUUCCCCAGAUAGGGGUCUAAUAGGGGAAUCCGCAACUCAGCGCCAAAAGAAAACCAGGCUGGAGUUUGAGCCUUCAGAGUGGGCUCAAAAGGAAGAAGAGUCGGUCAAGACAAAAGAACUUAAGUCUCUAAGUAGUGCUCAAAAACAACUAGCUCAAAAAUAUUUGGAUUGGAUGCGAAAAAUUGUAAUAAAAUGACUGGUGCACAACUUAAAAAAUGGUUAGAUUUGCUGCAAUCGUAAGUUGCUAUCAUUUGGUUAAACGUUUCAAUACAAUUGUUAACUUUGAAAUUUAUUACUUAUGAUGUCAUUAAUUGAAAAAGAAUUAUGCAAUAUAUUUAUUUCUGGUAUACAUGUACUGCUUUUCUUAUACUUUGUAGAUAGUUCAAGAUUUCUUACUGUGCACCUAUAGGCCUACUUAAACACAAAAUACUGUUAAUUUGCAACUACCUUGACAGUAGUAAUUAUCAUGGAAAGAUGUUAAGUCCUGCAAUUAAAGCUUUACUUUAUAUUAAAUACUUAGACUAUACCGCUCACAAAUUCAUUGAUUUUAUGUGAACAAGUUCUGUUGUUCUUGUUUUUCAAAGUAAAUGUCUGUUUCACAUUUUGAGGCAUUGUUAAACAGUCUAUGAAUAUCAUUAAUAUUGUAUGCAAAGUCACUUGAAUGUAAAGUUGUAUUAUAAAGUACCGAUUUACUUUAUUAUUGUUUAAUGCACCGAUCUGGAUUAAAUUCAUGCAUGCUCUGUGUAAAUUCAGUAUUUAUUGUUGAAUUUGUGCAACAUGCCAUUUCAUUUAAACAUGUGUAGUACCAGUGAAUUGCGAAAAAUUUGAAACCUGUUUGCACAUACCAUCUGAUGCAAGGUGUGCAGUUUUGCAAUAAUGUUCAACCAUUCAUUGCUCAUGCACAUUAUUUGGCAUCGUCGGAUACCCACGACUAAUUCAUUUUGUUACUCUCCAGCAUUAGCAGUGGGACAAUAUAAGCAAAACAUGCCGUUUUGACCUUAACUGUAACCUUUCAGUAGACCAACGAAAUCGCAGUUUACAAAAAGAAUUUCGCUUUGUAGGUGUCAAUGCUUCCCCUGGAUAAUUGCGAUUUGAUUCACCAAGCUUUUCCAUCCACCUGUCUGAGUGCUUAAAAAGACAUCGCGCCCAUGUAAGAGACUAGAGAUACUUUUACUCUGAAAGUCGUUUAAAUUCUCAAUUUUAGAGUAUACGCAUGCAUGACGAAAUUCCAUUUCUACAGACGACGCAAGUUUGACAACAAACCCGAUAGAGACACGAGUUUUAUCAUUGGUAAAAAAUAUCCUCAUGAAACCGUGAGGGAUCCAAUGAAAUUACUGGAUUUGACACACCCUAAAACAGUGAAAAGAGCUCAUAAUGUUCCACGGUCGAUAAUUGGAGAGUAACUGAAUGGGUCGAACGUGGGUAUCCGACGAUGAUUAUUUGGAAGAAUUUGUCAAUUUGGACAAUUUACUUGAAAUAAAAGUUAAGAGUAUUUUUCAAAUUCUGAUAACAGUAAAAGCAGACUAAAACAACAAUGUACGGGUCUUUUUAAAGUAGUCUUAAUAGUGGGUAAAUUAAUAGUGGGUUGAUGAAAAGGGGGUGCAUGAAUAGGGGGUGGAAGAAUGGUGGGUGGAUGAAUAGGGGUGGAUGAAUAGGGGGUGGAUGAAUAGUGGGUGGAUGAAAAGGGGGUUGAUAAAUAGUGGGUGGAUGAAUAGAGGUUGGAGACAUAGGGGGUGGAUGAAUAGUAGGUUGAUGAAUAGAGGGUUGAUGAAAAGUAAGUGGAUGAAUAGGGGGUUGAUGAAUAGUUGGUGGAUGAAUAGGGAAUGGAUGAAUAGUGGGUUGAUUAAUUGGGGGUUGAUAAAUAGUGGGUGGGUGAAUAGAGGGUGGAUGAAUAGGUGGUGGAUAAUUAAUGGGUGGGUGAAUAGGGGGUGGAUGAAUAGGGGGUGGAUGAAUAGAGGGUGGACAGGGGGUGGAUGAAUAGGGGGUAGAUGAAUAGUGGGUUGAUGAAUAGUGGGUUGAUAAUUCGGGGGUUGAUUAAUAGAGGGUGGACAGUGGGUUGAUAAAUAGUGGGUGGAUGAAUAGUGGUUUGAUGAAUAGGGGGUGGAUGAAUAGAGGGUGGACAGAGGGUUUAAAAUAGUGGGUGGAUGAAUAGGGGGUGAAUGAAUAGUGGGUCGAUGAAUAUAGGUUGGAUGAAUAGGGGGUUUGAUAAAUAGUGGGUUGAUGAAUAGGGGGUGGAUGAAUUUAGGUUGGAUGAAUAGUCGAUUGAUGAAUAGUGGGUGGAUGAAUAGUGCGUGGAUGAAUAAAGGGUGGAUGAAUAGGGGUGGAUUAUUAGCUUUCAAUAAAUGCCAUCUAUUACAACCUGAAUGUGCGGAUUUAUUAUGAAAAUAUAUCAUAAACUGAAAAUGUUUAUUGUUUCACACCCAUUUUCUUUUUGCAAAGUGACAAAUGACACUGGUCCAAAUAACCUAUGAAUUGAAGCAUUUUUUGGUUCAUUUGGACUGGAGUUUAUGGUUAUAAUUUUGGAUUAAAUAGGUUGAAAUAAACAUCCUUAUUUUCAUUUCAUGAGGAACAAUGCCCAAAGCUAGAAUGUUGUAUGUUGAACAAUUAUUGGAGAAUGCUUCUGGGAAGUUUUGGUUUACAAACAGACAGACAGACUGAUAGAAAAAAUUAGCAAGUCCAGUAUUAACCGUAACUAUGUAUUGUAUGUGAUAAUAAUCAGUGUUUAUAUGAGCCAUGUUCUGAGAAAACUAGGCUUAAUGCAUGUGCGUAAAGUGUCGUCCCAGAUUAGCCUGUGCGGACUAAUCAGGGACGACACUUUCUGCCUUAAUUGGAUUUUUGCUAAGAAGAGACUUCAUUUAAACAAAAAAAAUGUCAUAAAAGCAGAUUGCACAAGCUAAUCUGGAACAACACUUUACGCACUUGCAUUAAGCCCUGUUUUCCCAGAGGUAGGCUCAAAUACUUUUCCCUGUUUACCAGGUCACAUUUCCACCAACCUGUCAGUAUUACCAGUUUACCAGGUCACAUUUCCACCAACCUGUCAUGUCUUUUACCAGUUUACCAGGUCACAUUUCCACCAACCUGUCAUGUCUUUUACCAGUUUACCAGGUCACAUUUCCACCAACCUGUCAUGUCAUUUACCAGGUUACCAGGUCACAUUUCCACCAACCUGUCAUGUCUUUUACCAGGUUACCAGGUCACAUUUCCACCAACCUGUCAUGUCAUUUACCAGGUCACAUUUCCACCAACCUGUCAUGUCAUUUACCAGGUUACCAGGUCACAUUUCCACCAACCUGUCAUGUGUUUUACCAGGUUAUCAGGUCACAUUUCCACCAACCUGUCAUGUCAUUUACCAGGUCACAUUUCCACUAACCUGUCAUGUCUUAAGACUCAGGCUUUUACUAAGACAAGAGGACCUCUGCGAUGGAAAGAAUGAAUACUAACUAUGUUGUAAUAAUCAACUAUUUUCUUUAUGAAAUGUUUGUAAUUUAACUGUUCUAUGCAAGAUUACAAUACAAGAUUCUUGCAACUGUUUAUUUUUAAGACAUAUUGUUAUUCGAAAAGGCUUGUUGACAACAGACCUUGAUGAUAUUGUACUAGAUUUAGUACACUUUUGUAGAUCAUUGUAUUUAUUGCACAAUUUGUACCUCGAGUCUUUCACAAUAAACAUUGCAAUUGUA